AUGUAUACAGGAAAUAUAAGCAUUCCUAACACUUUCUCCCGAGACAUAAUCGAACUCCUGCAUCAGAAGACCGGCGCUUACCCACAAAUUCGCGUCGGCGGCACAUCAGCAGACAGAGCCAUUUUCAACGCCAUUCAGACGGAAUCGAUCAUCCUCUCCACAGAAUAUUCCAAUGGAAUCCCCCUCGAAGUCUAUAUUGGCCCUACACUAUUCGAAGGGUUUGAAAGUUUUCCCGGUGUUCCCUGGACCUUUCAAGUGAAUCUCGCCAACAACAAGAGCAACGCGCUGGAGAAUGCUCUUGCUGAAGCACGCGUUGCCUUAAGCCAUAUUAAAGAGAAUCUGGUUGCUUUCGAAGUUGGCAAUGAACCCGAUCUCUAUCCUGGUGCAGUGCGGCCUUUGAACUACUCGACAGCGGACUAUGUUCAGGAAUGGACUUAUUUUGCAGACGCCAUCUCUAAUCAGGUUCUGAAGGGGAAUUCAUAUGGGUUGGAUUAUUGGAGGAUAUUUCAAGCAUUAACUUUUGUGUAUAAAGGGGAUCGCUUUUCCACGGCUAAGGCAUUUAGUGAUGGGAUUGAUAUGACAGGUCAUGUCAAGACAGUUUCCUUACAUCAAUACGCAGCAGGGAAUCAAGGAUGGGUUCGACUACAGAAUUCCUUCAUGAAUCAUACUGCUGUGAAGGGGAACCUCACUCAAUACAUUCCCGACAUGGAAGCAACGCACGCCGCCGACCCCAAAAUUACGUUUUUACUUGGUGAAACAAAUAGCGACUACGUCAAUCUCAAUAUGGCUCAGGUCGAAGGUGUUUUCGGAAGUUCCCUCUGGUUGGUUGAUCAUCUUCUUUACGGCAUGAGCAUGAACAUCAGCCGUUUCAACCUUAUUCAAGGAACAAACUUUGGAUACGCAUCUUGGGUGCCGAUUGAAAGCAAUGGCCAAAGCCCAGGUGUCCGGCCUCAACUAUAUGGCCAACUUGUUGCAGCAGAUGUGAUAGGUCAUCAUCCAAGGGUGCAGGUGAAAGCCCUUGAUCUCGAAGAAUGGAACUUAUCAGCCUAUUCAGUGUACGAAUCUGAUAUUCUCUCGAGAUAUGUGAUCAUCAAUUUGGAUGAGUGGAAUACUACUACACCAUAUGCACGUCCCAGUCGGAGGUUCUCGCUGCAGGUACCACAUGAUGUGAAGUCCGCUGAGAUUAAACGAUUGACUGGGCCUGGAGCUAGUUCCAUAACCGAUAUAAGUUGGGGUGGAUAUAGCUGGAAUUAUACAAGCGAUGGUACGCUUGGUCGAUCUGGCAAGAGUCAAUCUGAACUGGUUCGUCCUCGAGGAGGAUUCGUGUAUGUGGAUCUGCCAUCUACAGAGGCUGUAACUGUGGAGCUUCACCGGAAAUAG